AUGAGCAUAAAUCUAGGCGAUAUAUUUUCAACAUCAAGAAGAAGGCAAACGCAAAAGGAAGACAGGUACACCAAGAGUACAAUGGGGAUACACACAGAUGUUUUGGUUAGCAUAAAGCUGAUGACUUCUUCUAGAAGCUCCCGCAUAGAAAACAGACACAUAGAUACAUCUCCCCAUAGAAUACUGGAUGCACCAGGUAUGCUGGAUGAUUACUAUCUCAACCUGUUGGACUGGAGCUCCACAAACCUUGUGAUCAUAGGCUUGGGAGAAUCGGUGUAUGGAUAUAAUGUUAACGAUAAAUCUGUACUCGACAUACAUUCUGGAGAGAACUACAUAUCAUCGGUAAAGAGCAAUGGAGACAUUCUUUGUAUUGGAGCCUCAGAUGGAACAAUGCGGCUAAUAGACAUCUCAGUAAAUAAAGAGGUGCAUACAAUGAGAAACCAUAAUGCUAGGGUCUCAUCUCUGAGCUGGAAUGGAAAUGUCAUAAGCAGUGGAGACAAGACGGGAAAGCUAUGCAACUUCGACAUAAGAUCUGGAAGAAUCUCCAUGGUUGAGGGGCAUUCUCAGGAAAUAUGCGGAUUGGAGUGGAGUACAGAUACAAAGUAUUUAGCAAGUGGAGGAAAUGAUAAUGUGAUAAGAAUAUGGCAGCUGGGGAAUAACAACCCUCAAACACUUUCGGGGCAUAAGUCGGCUGUAAAAGCCCUUGCGUGGUGUCCAUGGAGGUCAGGGAUACUGACUUCUGGAGGAGGAGCAAAAGACAUGACUAUAAAGUUCUGGGACGUUGCAGAGAAUAAAUUAGAGAGGAGCAUAGAUACACAAUCUCAAGUAUGUACUCUUACAUAUCUGCCGAAAUAUAAGGAGAUUAUAUCCUCGCAUGGAUACAUUGAGAAUGAUAUUCGAAUAUGGAAAGCCUCAACAAUGAACUUAAUUUCUUCUUUUGGAAAGCAUGGAUCAAGAGUUCUGCAUGUGGCCUUGAGCCCUGAUGGGUCUGAAUUGGCUUCUGUGUCUGCAGAUGAGAACUUGAAGUUCUGGAAGAUAUUCAACUCCGAGAAGCCAUCCACAAGAAGAGACAGUCUUUCAUUUAGGUAA